AUGGCUUCCGAAGCCCCCUCACAGGCGACAACAACGCCUCCCCCAGCGCCGACUCAAGACGGCCCUCGCGAGCUACGCAACGAUCCCGCCCGCACUGGCUUCGACCCCCAAACAAAAUGGUGGAUGAACUACUUCAACGUCCUGACUGGCCGCAUGACGCCCGAAGGCCAGUUCCACUACCGCGAGCACCGUUACCGUGUCCACGAGGAGCGCGACUGUAAGCGCUGCGAGGAGCACCGUGACUGGCUCCUCGCCUUCUCCCCGACCGUCCGCUUCCUCAACGACAAGAUCGCCGCCCUCAACGGCCAGCUCGACAGCUCCAACAUUCUCUGCAGAAGAUGUCCCGCGCGCCUUACCGAGGAUGGCCAGGUGCACCGUCAAUCCGGCGGUUUCAGCCCUGCCCACGGCAUCUUGAUCUGCGCCAACGAGGUUCGGGACAGGAAGCACCUGGAGGAUACGCUCUCGCAUGAAAUGGUGCAUGCUUGGGACCAUCUGAGGUGGAAUGUGGAUUGGAUGGGUGAUUUGGAUUUGAAGCAUGCGGCGUGUACGGAGAUUCGUGCAUCCGCAUUGAGCGGCGAGUGUAGAUGGACGAGAGAGGCAUUCACAAGAGGCAACUGGAGCCUUUCCCAGCAGUUCCAGGACUGCGUACGCAAGCGCGCUAUACAAUCUGUGCUCAACCGGCCGAGGUGCAAGGACGACGUACAGGCGACCAAGGUGGUGAAUCAGGUUUGGGAUUCUUGCUUCAACGACACGAGGCCCUUUGACGAAGUGUACAGGUAA